AUAUCUCCAGAAAGCCAAGGAGUCACAGCAAGAACCAGAAACACUCUUCAUUAUUGGAGUUAUUCUGAAGAUGUUCUCGAAGGUACGAUAUCGAUACGUACCCAGAAGGGGGAGCCUGAUCUUCCAGUUUCGACAUUUUUCGUACCUAGACAGCAAAGACGGAAGUGGCAGUUCGCCAUCAGGUAAGCCCAGAAACGGCCAGACACAAGACAGAGCAAAACCUGAAGAGUGGAAAAGUCCGAUGCCCAACAAUGGAAGUAAGUUUUCCGUGGCUGUGAGUUCAUUUUUAAACUCAUCCUUGAGUAGUCUAGAAGACUACAUUGCCAAUCAAGCUCCCAUCAAAUCAAGCCAACAAUCAGAGGGCUACAACACAGAGCUGCUGGAAAUUGAUAUGGAUAACGAUGUUACACCACAGAAAUCAAUUGGAAAUAUCCCUUACCAACUAGGUGAAAUCAAUAAAGGUUUUAAAGAAUUCAUCGACUUGUCGAAUCCAGACCACAUAAGGGGAUUGUUAGCCAUUAAUAGGGAAAGGUGGAUCAAAACCUCUCCCGAAAUAUCACAAGCUAUAGAUAAAACUUGCAACGUCGAUAUACCACUAAUUCUAAAUUUUUACUUGAGGUCGUCGGCGGAGAUACGGAGACAGCUGCAAGACCCAAGCAUGAACACGAAGGUUGGAAUGACUUCUCAAAGGCACAUAAUCUCACUUUUGCUCAAUUUACAGUGGUUCCGAAGUGCUUCGUUCAUAAUAUUGGAGAUGAAGCUGCCAUUCAAUGAUCUUGUCAACUAUCUAAAUGAAUUGCUUGAAGACGAACUAAUUUUCCAAAAAUCAGAUUGGAUGCGUUAUCUUUUCAUCAUAAACUUUUACCAGCUUUACAAAAAUGUGAACCCAUUGGUGUUGACUAAUUUGGACUUCUUGGGAAGGCCACAAUACAUGGAUAGGUUCAAGAUACUGAAUAUGAUGUGGAGAACCCACUAUACUACAAAGCAGGAGUUGAAAACUGACGUCAGUGAAUGGUAUGAAAUGUGUGGACAUGAUAUACCCGUCAGUUUAAUGCACAUCUAUAAAUCAGUUGACAUUAUCAAAUACAAUAAUCCAUUCAACCUUGCCGGUCAAGUCAAUGAGCUAAAAACUUUGAUUGGAGCUUCUUCCAGCUCUCUAAUGCUGCAAAAGAAUUUUCUUGCAUCUUUUUUGAAGCACUUGGUAUCGGCAAGCGAUUUUGAGUUACAAUACUCACAAUCACCACAGUGCAACUUGUCAAAGAAGGAAGUCAGAGAUUUUCUGACUAAAAGAAAAAACGCUAUUAUCAACUUUGUGGUUCUUUCCAAAAAGCUACAAACAAAAUCAUUUGAUUGCCUAACAGUUUUAGAACUAAGACCACCUUCCGCUGUGGGACUACAGCUUUGGGACUAUCAUAUUUCAGGAAUGAAUAAUAGUCUUUCUUCGACCAUUUACUAUAAAUUUCUAGUAUCAUAUUUUGUCAGCCAACUAACCAAAACCAGCAAAAUAAAUGAGAUUGUAAAAGUGGAAUUUUCAAACCUGUCAUCAGCAAGAAAAACAAAUCUUAUCACAACAAGCUUAAUAAGCUAUUUGAAAAGAAGUGAUACUUUAACAAGGAACCGCGUGGGUGGUUACAUUGCGUUGACUAAUCAACAAAGGGAGCAUUCACAUGUCAUGAAAAAUGCAAUUCAAAAGAUUUUUUCCAAACAUGAAAAUUAUAAAUUUAACUACUCUGAUCUUUUGAAAGUUUUUGAGCUAGUCUCAAGCUUCUCACCCACACUUUCAAAUAAGGAGGGUUUAUUUGAAAUUGGAAAUCAAAUCAUUGAGGCGAACCAUGAAAACGCAGAUUUCUUCCCAUUUAAUGCACAGGAAAAGUUUACCAAAACUAUAGAAUUCAUUGAUUUACUGAAGUCCAUUGAUCCUGAAUCGAAAAUAUACGUUACCCGUUUAGUUCCGUCUAUUAUUAAUUUUUAUCAUGAAUUUAUUCUUUCGGCGGAUGACUGUGCCAUAGACUUUACCAAAAUGCCCGAAGUUAAACAACUUUGCUAUAUCUUGAAUAAAACGUUUGAUGUGGCUUGCAGAAACCCGAGGGAGCUGACACUCUUGAACCCGAAAAACUAUGCUUCAAAGAUUUAUAUAACUAAUCAAGGCCUAUUACAAAAAGUUUCUAGUAAACUUUUUCAACUUCCGAAAAAUGUUCUUUUUUUUAUACUGCAAUCAAGGGCAACUUGGAUUUGUGCCGACCAAGAGGAUUGGAUUUCUAAGUUUCAUAAAGCUGUGUUUACAUUCGGUAUUUUCUUAGAGGUUUUAGUUCGUCGAAGUACUCGUGAAUCUUACGAAGGAAACAUCAAUUUCAGUGAGUUGAAUGACGUGCAGUUUGCAAAAGCAUUGAAAGAUGAGAUGGAUACAAUAUCCUCCAACGAAACAGUGUGGGAAUGCGUCGAGAUGCUUUCAGGUUUUGAAUGGAAUGAAGAGGUCAGUGAUGUGUUUUUCAGGGGAAAAUCUAUUCAUAGUGGCGAAACUGAACCCGAGAUCGGAUUUGGAAUAAUCAUGGUCUUGACUGAAGUGAGGAAAUUGAAUGGAACUGUUUAUUCGAAACGUUGUGAAGCAAUCGAAGGACUAAUGCAGAAAGACACAGGAAAUAACGAGGUAGAAUCAUUUGAUGAUGUUACUGAUGCAUUGUUUGACUCAAACGGAGAUUCUCCACAUGAGGAUGACCACUUAUUAGACACUACAAAACACAGCGACAGCGAAAGGGACAACGAACAGGAAACCAAUGUAACUGUAUCGAGAGGCUUACUGGAUCAAGAUCUACUGGAAUUCAAUGAACUUUACAGGAACAUGAAGAACUAUGAGCAGUUUGUUCCGCAUAGAAAUAAAGGCACAGGAAGCGAAGAGCAAAGUGUUACAAUUGCGAAAUUGAGCAAGUCUGUUCCCAGCAGUAAGGUGAAAAAGAGAUACACGGUAAGAGAGAAAGAGAGACUUGUCAGAUUCUACUCCCCAUUGAGGUUGAAAGGCAUGCUAAUAGAGUCAUUGAUUAUGAGGAAUCCUAAAUUAAUUGAUGCGAUUGUACGCAGACUGUACGUUGAGUACGAGACUCGGAUACCCGUCUCACUAUUACAUAGUGCCAUGAUAGGGAUUAUAAAGAGUGAGCAGAGAGAGGUGGGGUUUAUUGAGAAAAUCAACGUGAUCAAAGUGCUUGACACGUUAGCAUCUCUAAUUUACUCGACCGCGUCACAUAAAGUGCACUCGUAUCUCUUCAUGAACUGUGUUAGAUUCAGAGAGUUCCGGAUUGAAUUGGUUGACAUGAUCAUAGAAGAGAGCAAGCGGAGUAAUAGUGGGUCGUUGAAGACGUUGAAUUGGGCGGUGAAUAAGAUCACGAAUACACCGAAUAUGAUCCAGUACAAAAAUGAGUUUGCAAGGUGGACCAAUGACUUAAAUAACAUGAAAGAGAUGAAAGUUGGAUUCUGGAAUCCUGGAAAUACAGGGAAAUGGAUAAAGGACGAUAUAUAGACACAGACAGAUAACUAGGUUAGUAAUUAGAUAGACGCGAUCUUUUGCAUCGCAUUCAAUGAAACGAAACGUAAUAAAUUUGACAGAC